AUGAGUGAUACGACGGUACUUUUGAUGCCAUCAGAUGAACAAAAAUUGAAGAAGUUCCAGGUUCUGAACGAGUACUAUCGCGAUGUCGCUGCACGGCAAUGGAUAGUACGCCACACGUUUCCAUUGAAUGCCCUUACGAAGAAAUUUGUCACAAAGUGGGCAAAUUCAACUCAAGAUUCAUCAAGAACGGAUAUGACGUUCGCAGCGGUUCAUCUGUUGGCUAAGAAAGUGGCCAUCAAAGAAAAAGUUAAAACAGAAGAAGAAAAAGAAGAAGUAAUUACAACUGGAGGAAAUUUUUGA